AUGGGUGGACCCCCGAGAGGACCACUUAUGGUUUAUCCGGGUAAUUCAAAUAUGGGUAAUUUUCCACUUAACAAUCUUGUUGAUCCUAACCAAGAAUUGUGGGUUGAAACAAAAGCCGCUAAUGGAAAGUCGUACUUCUACAAUGCCAAAACGAGGGAAACAUCAUGGUCUAAGCCUGAAAAUGUUAAGAUAGUUUCACAAGCAGAAUUUGAAUCAAUGGCUAUGAGCCAACAACAAGCUCCACAACAGUCAGCUAAUGUUGGUUUAGGCUCAUCAGUUUCUCAGCCUUCAUCAGCUCAGUUUGGUGCUGCUCAAGUGGCUAUUGCUCAAGCAAAUCAGAGCAACAGUCCAGCUGUGAAUGCUAGUAUUGCAUCCAGUGAAAAAGAUAUUACCUCUUUUCAGCAGAGCAGUAAUCCUUUAAACAUGUUAAGUUUUAUGCAGAACAUGAUGAGGCCCGGUUUUCCAUUCGCACCUCCAUUCUUCCCUCCUGGUGUCAUACCUCCUUCUGUUGUUCAGUUUGCUGAAUGGUCAGAACACAAAACUCCUGAAGGUAAGCAAUAUUAUUAUAACAGUCGAACAGCAGAAUCUGUCUGGGAGAAGCCGAAAGUUUUGCUUGAUUAUGAAGGUAAGAAAGAUGAUGGCAUGACUGAAGAACAGAAAGCAGCUGAAAAGUCAAAACCUGUUUCAAGUACACCAAUUUCUGGAACACCAUGGUGUGUCGUCUGGACUGGCGACAAUCGAGUCUUCUUUUACAAUCCGAGUCAGAGAGUUUCAUUGUGGGAGAGACCAGCAGAGUUGAACAACCGACCGGAUGUCGAUAAAUUGGUUCAAAGUCCGCCUGAUAUUUCUGGUAAUAGUAAUAAUAUUGCAACAUCUGGCAAGAUUGGAGCAAGCAAGGAAUCAGCAAUUGAAGCUGAGGUUAAAGCUGCAAAAGAGAGAGCCAUAAUUCCAAUAGAAAUAAGAAUGACACAAUUUAGAGAACUACUAACUGAAAAAGCUGUGUCAGCUUUCUCAACCUGGGAAAAAGAACUUCACAAAAUUGUAUUUGAUCCUCGUUAUUUACUGCUGGCCUCAAAGGAAAGAAAGCAAGUCUUUGAACAAUAUGUAAAAGAGAGAGCUGAAGAAGAGAGGAAGGAAAAGAGAAACAAGUUGAAGGAGAAGAAGGAAUUGUUCAAACAGCUAAUGGAGGAGGCAAAGCUAACCAGCAAAUCAUCAUUCAGUGACUUUUCAACCAAGUACGGUAGAGACGAACGUUUCAAAAAUGUUGAUAAGACAAGGGAACGAGAAUCAUUGUUUGCUGACUUCUUGGUUGAACUACGCCAUAGAGAGAAGGAAGAGUCAAAACUACAAAAGGAAAAGGUGAAGUCGAAUUUCUUUGACCUGCUGAAGCAGACAAGCAGCAUUGACAAACAUUCAAGAUGGGCAGAUAUUAAGAAGAAGUUGGAAUCUGAUUCUCGUUACAAGGCUGUCGAUAGCAGUUCGAGAAGAGAGGAUUGGUUUAAGGAUUACCUGAAAACAUUUGGAAAGGAAUCCUCCGACAAACAUGAGAGCAAUGAGAAAGAUGACAAAGAGAAGAAGCCUAAAGACAAACAAACAGAAAAGCAAGCACGUAUUGAAGCUAGCUUGAAAGAAAGAGAGAAAGAAGUGCAGCAGUCGUUGGCAACUUCAAUGAGAGAAAGGGAUAAAGAACGGGAUCAACAUAAAAAAGAUGAAGCAAUCCAGAAUUUUAAAGUCCUUCUUGUUGAUUUAAUUAAAUCCGUUGAAUUGGAUUACUCAGAAAGCAAGAAGCUGCUUCGCAAAGAUUCGAGGUAUGAUCCUCUGUCUGGAUCGCUAGACAAAGAAGUGAGGCAGAAGAUGUUUGAUGAGCACAUGGAGGCAUUAAAAAAGAAGAAUAGAGAGAUGUUUAGACGCCUGCUUGAUGAAACUUCUGAAGUUACACUGACAUCUAAGUGGAAAGAAAUAAAAAAGUUGGUUAAAGAUGAUCCAAGAUAUAAAAAGUUCUCGUCGAGUGACAGGAAAAGAGAGAGGGAGUUUGACGAUUACAUGCUAGAAAAGAUGAACCAGGCAAAAUCUGAUUUGAGGGAACUACUGAAGGAGACUAAAACAAUUACUUAUAAAUCCUUGAAACAUGUUGAAGAAUCAGAACAAUCUUUGAAAGAUAUAGAAAAUCUUCUUAAGAAAGAUAAGCGCUAUCUAGUACUUGAGUGCAUAGCUGAUGAAAGGAAGAAGAUCAUUCUGUCUUACUUAACAGAACUUGAUCACAAAGGACCUCCUCCUCCACCUACCGCCACCGAACCAUCCAGACGUAAAUAA